AUGCCUAUCACAGAAUUCGCCCUCCUACGUCUAAAGGAAAAGGAACCAUCACCCACCACCAGGUCCAAUCUUCGAGACGUUAUCAAGGAACAAUCCGCAUGGUCAAAGCACCCAGUUAAUUUCGUUCGCCAGAUCGAAGACCCAAGCUUAGUGUAUCUUCUUGGUGGAUGGGCAUCUGUGGCCGAGCAUUUCGGAGAUUGGAUUACCUCGGAACCGAAUCAGCGUUUACUGGCUCAGCUCAAGGGUUCUAUUGGUAUAGAGUGGUUGUUUCACUUGGAUAUUGAUCCUUCUUUAAACAGUAUCCCCCUGAAUGCACCGGUCCUUGGUAUAAGUCGGUACUUUGUCGAGGCCAGCAAGAAAGACGAGUUCGAUAGUAUCUUCAAAGCAGGUGCUCCGCAUCUCGGCGAAUACACGGCUCCGUACAGCUACGCCGGGGGCUGGCGCAUCGAUAAGGAAGGCGAAGACGAGGAGUUUGUGCUCUUCAGUGGCUGGAACAAAGUCGAGGACCACUUUGGUUUUGCCGAUUCUGAUGCUUUUAAUGAAUUCGGAAAGAUCAAGGGCGCUAUCAAAGGAGCAGAGAUCAAUCAUGUACACUUGGAGAAGUGGGAGUGA